AUGAGUAGUUUUCGAUUUAAAAAUGCUGAUGAAAAACCAGGAUAUGGAGAAGAAGAUUCUAACUUUGAAUCUGCUAUAUCUUCUUCAUUUGUUUAUAAUCCAUAUAUGUCAUUGGAUUUACAAAGCCAAAGAAAUAAAUUACCUAUAACCAAAUAUCGAAAUGAAGUUCUGUAUCUUUGUGAAAAGUUUCAGACAUUAAUAUUGGUCGGAUCUACUGGGAGUGGAAAAAGUACUCAAGUGUCUCAAAUGCUUUUAGAUAGUGGUUUAUGUCAAUGUGACAAAUCAAUUGUAAUUACUGAGCCCCGGAAAAUAAGUGCCAUUACAUUAGCUACUCGAGUAGCACAAGAACAGAAAACCAACCUUGGUCAACUAGUAGGCUAUUCAGUGAGAUUUGAUAACUGUUGUCAACCAGAUACAAAAAUUAAAUAUAUCACUGAAGGUAUUCUUUUGAAUGAAAUGAUGAGCAAUCCUUUAUUAGUAAAUUAUUCUGUAAUAAUAUUAGAUGAAAUACACGAAAGAAGCUUAAUGACUGAUAUUUUAAUGGGACUAAUUAAAAAAGUUUUGAAAAAACGACCAACUUUAAGACUCAUAAUACUAUCUGCCACUUUGGAUUCUUCACAGCUUAAAUCAUAUUUUAAUUUAAAUCAAAGCAAUGACCCUGUUAAUGAUACCGCAACUGUUUUGGGUAUUGAAGGAAGAUCCUAUCCUACAAAAAUAUACUAUAUAAAAGACCCAACACCAAAUUAUGUAGAUGAAUCAAUUAACACGGUAUUAAAAAUUCAACAAAGUGGCACAUCAGGUGAUAUUUUGGUGUUUUUAACAGGAAAAGAAGAAAUAAUGCAAGCAGUUAAUACACUGGACGAUUACAACAUUAAGAAUGCUAAUGAAAAGAUAAAACUUCUUCCUAUACCUAUGCAUGGUACAUUAACUAAUGACGAACAACUCAAAGCCUUUCGUCCAGCACCUAGAGGAUACAGAAAAGUAGUUUUUUCAACUAAUGUUGCAGAGACAUCAGUUACAAUUUCUGGGAUUGUUCAUGUUAUUGAUUGUGGAUUCGUUAAACUAAAGUGGUUUAAUUCUAAGUUUGGCGCUGAUUCAUUAAUUACUGUUCCUAUAUCCAAAGCAUCAGCAAUUCAAAGAGCUGGUCGUGCAGGAAGAGAACGACCUGGUAAAGUAUAUAGAUUAUACACAAAAGAAGCCUAUCAAAAUUUGAUAAACGCCACUCCUCCGGAAAUGAUGAGAUCUGAUUUGACUGAUGUAACUUUGCAGCUUAAAGCCAUUUAUAUUAAUAAUGUUUUAAGAUUUCCUUUCCUUAGUCCACCUCCAGCUAAAAAUCUUUUAUAUGCCAUGGAAAUGUUAAAAGCUUUAGAAGCCAUUGACAAGUUGGGGAAUCUAACAGAUUCGUUUGGAACAAUUAUGGCUGAAUUACCAUUACCAGCAAAACAUUCAAGAAUAUUAUUGAAGUCUGCUGAAAUGGGUUGUUCUUCAGAAAUUAUAUCUAUAUUAGCUAUGCUUCAACUUCAAGAUGCAUUUGUACGUCCAAAGUAUGGAGCUACAAUACAAAAAGCUAAAAUACAACAUAGGAAUUUUGAAGUUGCCGAGGGAGAUCUACUUACUUUGUUAAAUAUAUACAAUGGAUUUGAAAAAAAUCAGUACAGUCAACCAUGGUGUCAUAGAUUUUUUAUAAAUUAUAAUGAGUUAUGCAAAGCCCGUAAAAUCCGAUCACAUUUAAUAGAUUUAAUGAGGACAUCAAAAAUUCCACUUAAAUCCUGUAAAGGAAAUACAAGAAUUAUUAUAAAGAGCAUUGCAUCUGGACUUUUUAAAAAUGCUGCUUAUUUACAUUAUACGGGAGUAUAUAGAUCAGUUGGUCUUGAUGAAGAUCUCUUUUUUCAUCCUAAGUCUGUUCUGAACUAUGUAAAUCAACCACAAUGGGUCCUGUAUGAUGAACUUCUGGAAACUACAAAAACGUACAUAAAAAAUUUGGUUGAAAUAACACCAUCGUUAUUAUUAGAAGUAGCUCCUCAUUAUUUUUCUACACCAACAUUAUAA